AUGAAGGGGAGUCUCGCCUACUGCAGCGUCGUUGGCUUCCUCGUGCUGAGCUGCUGCUUGGCAGGUGCCGGGGCCGCUUGCUGCCCCAUGGACUGGCUGCCCUACCGAGGCUACUGCUACCGGCUGUUCAACAACAAGCUGAGCUGGCCCGAAGCAGAGCUCGCCUGCCAGUUCGAAGCGUCCGGCGGCCACCUCGCCUCCAUCCACGGCGAUGCAGAGUCUUCUGAACUGGCCAAGUACAUCCUCAAGUAUCGCAGCGAUGAUGGAAACGUCUGGAUUGGAAUGCGCGACUACUCAAAGAAUGGAGUGUGGACUUGGACCGACCGAACCUCCGCUGGCUACAAGCCCUGGAACACCGGGGAGCCCAACAACCUGCAGAACGACGAGGCCUGCGUGGAGCUGUGGUCUCUCUCAGGGUACAGGCGCUGGAAUGACGAGAACUGCAAAUCGGAACGUGCCUACCUGUGCAAGUACCUACUCCAGUGAAGGCGGCUGCCACCUGGCCCCAGAGGCUCCUCCACGUGCCCGGAGGGGCCGCCCCGACACCGGACCGA